AAACCCCAAACCCUUCACGGCACGCGUGCAGACGCAGCAGCAAGCGAGUGAGGGAAGGGAGAGAGCGCUCGGUUCCAAGAACUCUAGGGUUUUCCUACGGCUUCCGCAGCCGAUCGCGUUGCCUGUUUCUGGGGUUUCGCCCUUCCUUUUCGUUGCUCCCGGUGUCUCUAGAACAAGGGCGGUAUGGCGUUCGGGCUGCCCGGGUACGGGAUCCAGGCGAUGCUCAAGGAAGGGCACAAGCACCUCUCGGGGCUCGACGAGGCCGUUCUCAAGAACAUCGACGCCUGCAAGCAGCUGUCCGUCAUCACCCGCACCUCCCUCGGGCCCAACGGUAUGAACAAGAUGGUCAUCAACCAUUUGGACAAGCUUUUUGUGACAAAUGAUGCUGCCACAAUCGUCAAUGAGCUUGAGGUUCAACAUCCUGCUGCAAAGAUUUUGACGUUGGCAGGGAAGGCCCAACAGGAAGAAAUCGGUGAUGGGGCUAACCUUACCAUUUCAUUUGCUGGUGAACUUUUGCAAAAUGCAGAAGAGCUAAUCAGGAUGGGUCUGCAUCCGAGCGAAAUCAUCAGUGGUUAUACUAAAGCUAUCAACAAGACAAUUGAAAUUCUAGAUGAGCUGGUAGAGAAAGGAUCUGAAACAAUGGAUGUUAGAAGCAAAGAAGAAGUUGUUUCCCGGAUGAAGGCUGCAGUUGCUAGCAAGCAGUUUGGGCUAGAACAACUUCUGUGCCCUAUCAUUGCUGAUGCAUGCAUCCAAGUGUGCCCAAAAAACCCAGCAAACUUCAAUGUGGACAAUGUUCGAGUUGCAAAACUACUUGGAGGUGGUUUGCACAACUCUACUGUUGUUCAUGGUAUGGUAUUGAAGAAUGAUGCCAUUGGGACUAUAAAACGAGUCGAGAAGGCGAAGAUUGUGGUGUUUGCUGGUGGUGUUGAUACAUCUGCUACAGAAACUAAAGGAACAGUUCUAAUUCAAAGUGCAGAGCAGCUUGAGAAUUAUGCAAAAACCGAAGAAUCCAAAGUUGAGGAGCUUAUCAAAGCUGUUGCUGACUCUGGUGCCAAGGUGGUUGUGAGCGGAGCUGCUGUUGGAGACAUGGCAUUACAUUUCUGCGAGCGUUAUAAACUCAUGGUUCUAAAAAUCAGCUCCAAGUUUGAAUUGCGGAGAUUUUGCCGUACAACUGGUGCUGUAGCUCUUCUGAAACUGAGCCAACCAAAUUCAGAUGAACUUGGAUACGCAGAUUCCAUUUCAGUGGAGGAAGUUGGUGGUGUUCGGGUAACUAUUGUGAAAAAUGAAGGUGGUGGAAAUUCAGUUUCUACAGUUGUUUUACGGGGCAGUACUGACAGUAUUCUAGAUGACCUUGAAAGGGCCGUUGAUGAUGGUGUUAAUACGUACAAGGCAAUGUGCAGAGAUAGUCGUAUUGUUCCUGGGGCUGCUGCAACUGAAAUUGAGUUAGCAAGAAAAUUGAAGGAGUUCUCCUUAAAAGAAACAGGGUUGGAUCAGUAUGCAAUUGCAAAAUUCGGCGAAAGCUUCGAAAUGGUACCUAGAACAUUAGCUGAAAAUGCAGGGCUUAAUGCUAUGGAGAUUAUUUCUUCCUUGUAUGCUGAACAUGCUGCUGGAAAUAUCAAAGUUGGUAUUGACUUGGAAGAAGGUGUCUGCAAGGAUGUUUCAGCCAUGAAUGUCUGGGACCUCUAUCUUACCAAGUUCUUUGCCCUCAAAUAUGCUGCUGAUUCUGCUUGUACCGUUCUCCGGGUCGACCAAAUAAUAAUGGCAAAACCAGCAGGUGGCCCAAGGAGAGAUGCACCAGCAGGCAUGGAUGAGGAUUAACUUUUUCUAUAGGUUGAGUGAGAGUGUCAUUAGUAGCAAUUUUGCAGCUUAAAAAGAUUUUGACUAUGACAAAAUGGAGCAAACCGCACUUUGGAUUAAGCUUAUGAUGUUGAACUCCUAAUUUAGUGUCUACCAAGAUGAAUCUUAGUUCAGAAACAAGGUGGACUAAUUCAAAUUUCAUCCA